AUGUUUGGAGUCACGCCGGCCAUCGGUAUUUUCGGCGUUAUCGGCAACAUCUUCAGCAUCAUCAUCCUCACCAAACAUGGCCUCCACAAAUGUUCCAACAUCACAUUGUUGGUGUUGGCCAUCAACGACAUGGCGUUUCUCAUCGGUUUCAACAGCGUGCCAAAACUCAUCUAUGAAGUUAUGGGAGACUCGCAUAGCUUCUUGUUCAGUCUCACGGAUUCGUACGUCCUCUACAUAUUCUAUCACAUAUUUCAUAUCAUGGACUACGCCUCUGCCGGCGUGUCCCUGUCGUUGCCCGUGGUCAUCACCUUGGAAAGACUCGUCGCCGUGUUUCUGCCCCUGAGGUUCCACCAGAUCGUCACCCCUGCCAGGACCUGGUUCGCUGUUGCUUUCAUCUCCGUUUUCUGGUACGCGUUUUUCGUGCACAUGUCGUUCUACAUGGCGUUUAGCUACGAGUUUAACGCCAGGGUUAACAUCUCUGUAGGACUCAUCCAACGGUCCGCUUAUCACUACUCCAGUCUCCAUGUUGUAUUUCUCUUGGAGGAGGCCAUGUCCAUGCUGAUGAUGAAAAUCCCUCCGGCCUUGACCUUUGCCGGCUGCAUCGUCAUCGGUAUCAAAGUUAAGAUGGCGUCGAGCAGAAGACAGAAAAUGACGUCAAAGGGCCAGGCAGAGGGAUCCUCGAACCGCACGACUAAAAUGUUGCUAGCUGUGUGUCUGCUGUACACGGUGACCUGCGCCAUCUUGUCCCUGCCCACGUACCUUCCCCAGUACGUGUACUACACCAUGACGAGCGACGCGCCCUCUAACAUGGGGACAAUCCUGUACCAGGCCAUCAACAUCGUCCUCUGUGUCAACAGCUCGUCCAAUUUUAUCAUCUACGUCGCCAUGAACAAAAACUUUAGAGACACUUAUAAAUCUUUGUUUGUUCGAAAU